CCGCAUCCCCGUGACCGCGGAGCCAAUCAGGGUGCUGCGCCGGCGCCGCCGGCCGCCGCCGCCCGGGCACGGAGAGGUGCGGAGGGGGAAGCGCAGCGCUGCCGCGGCGGUCCGCGGGUCGCCUCGACGCCACAUGGGGAUCGAAAGCCUCUGUAGCGCGGACGCCUCCGAGCCCUUUUGGGAUUGGAAUCUGACAUGGCACACAGAAAAUCCAGACUUCACCCAGUGCUUUCAGAACACAGUCUUGGUCUGGGUCCCUUGUAUUUACUUGUGGGUCUGCUUCCCAGUGUACUUUCUAUAUCUUCGUUGUCAUGACAGGGGUUACAUCCAAAUGUCAAUCCUCAACAAAGCCAAAACGGCUUUGGGCUUAAUACUGUGGAUAGUCUGCUGGGCAGACCUUUUCUACUCUUUCUGGGAAAGAAGUCAAAGUAUUUUUCGAGCUCCAUUUUUUCUCAUUAGCCCUACUGUUCUGGGUAUAACUAUGUUGCUUGCCACGUUUUUGAUACAACAUGAAAGAAUGAAAGGAGUACAGUCUUCAGGCGUGAUGACGAUUUUCUGGCUCAUCUCAUUGCUAUGUGCCACAGUAAUUUUUAGAUCCAAAAUUAUGCUUGCCUUAAAUACAGACACUGAAGUGGAUGCGUUUCGUUACGUCACUUUCUGCACCUACUUCAUCCUGUUACUUGUACAGCUCAUACUGUCUUGUUUCCCAGAAAAACCACCUUUGUUUUCUGAGGCAGUAAAUGAUCCUAAACCAUGUCCAGAGUUCAGUGCAUCUUUCCUGUCAAGAAUCACCUUCUGGUGGAUCACUGGAUUGAUGAUUCAGGGUUAUCGGAGACCUCUGGAAGCUAAGGAUUUGUGGUCAUUAAACAAAGAGGAUACGUCUGAGCAGAUAGUGCCAGGUUUGGCAAGAAACUGGGCAAAAGAAUGGGCAAAGACCAAGAGGCAACCUUUGAACAUGCUAUACUCAUCCAAAAAGCAACAAAAAUCAAGUGAUUCCAAUGGUGAAGUGACGGAGGAGGCUGAAGCUUUGAUUAUAAAACCAUCUCAAAGGAGCUCUGAGGCAUCUUUAUCCAAGGUGUUAUAUAAAACUUUUGGACCAUAUUUUCUCAUGAGCUUCCUGUUUAAAGCAGCGCAUGAUCUCUUGAUGUUUGCAGGCCCAGAGAUUUUGAAAUUGCUAAUCAACUUCGUAAAUAACAAAAGUGCCCCAAACUGGCAAGGCUACUUUUAUACAGGGCUGCUGUUUGUUUGUUCAUGUCUUCAGACAUUGAUUCUUCAUCAGUAUUUUCAUAUUUGUUUUGUAACUGGAAUGAGGCUCAAGACAGCUAUUGUUGGGGUAAUCUAUCGAAAGGCUCUUGUUAUCACAAAUUCUGCCAGAAAGACUUCUACUGUGGGUGAAAUUGUGAAUCUAAUGUCUGUGGAUGCUCAGAGAUUCAUGGACUUGGCUACAUAUAUAAACAUGAUCUGGUCUGCACCUCUUCAGGUGAUACUAGCACUGUACUUACUGUGGCAGAAUUUAGGUCCUUCUGUACUGGCAGGUGUUGCUGUCAUGAUUCUUCUGGUUCCCGUGAAUGCUGUGAUGGCAAUGAAAACAAAAACGUAUCAGGUGGCACAGAUGAAGAGCAAAGACAACAGAAUUAAGCUGAUGAAUGAAAUUCUUAAUGGGAUUAAAGUUCUAAAACUUUAUGCUUGGGAAUUAGCCUUUAGAGAAAAGGUACUGGAGAUCAGACAGAAAGAGCUCAAAGUCCUAAAAAAAUCUGCUUACCUUGCUGCAGUGGGUACCUUCACUUGGGUUUGUGCUCCGUUUUUGGUUGCCUUGUCCACAUUUGCUGUGUAUGUCAAAAUAGACGAGAACAAUGUCCUGGAUGCUCAGAAGGCAUUUGUAUCCCUAGCUUUAUUCAACAUUCUCAGGUUUCCGUUGAACAUACUUCCUAUGGUUAUCAGCAGCAUAGUAGAAGCUAGUGUCUCCUUGAAGCGCCUUCGGGUGUUCCUGUCUCAUGAAGAGUUAGAUCCAGACAGCAUAAUCAGGGGUCCCAUUACAAAUGCUGAAGGAAGCAUUGUUGUAAAGAACGCAACAUUUAGCUGGUCCAAAACAGAUCCUCCUUCACUGAAUAGCAUUAACUUCACCGUUCCCGAAGGUUCCCUGAUAGCUGUUGUUGGUCAAGUUGGCUGUGGAAAGUCUUCAUUGCUGUCUGCAUUACUGGGGGAGAUGGACAAAAAGGAAGGCUACGUGGUUGUCAAGGGCUCUAUUGCUUAUGUUCCUCAGCAAGCCUGGAUCCAAAAUGCAACUUUAGAAGAUAAUAUUAUCUUUGGAAGAGAGAUGAAUGAGAGCCGGUACAAGCGUGUUAUUGAGGCUUGUGCACUUCUGCCUGAUUUAGAGAUUCUUCCUAUGGGAGACAGAACAGAAAUAGGAGAAAAGGGUGUGAAUUUGUCUGGAGGACAGAAGCAGCGAGUUAGUCUUGCUCGAGCAGUCUACUGUAAUGCAGAUACCUAUUUAUUUGAUGAUCCUUUAUCAGCUGUUGAUGCUCACGUUGGGAAGCAUAUUUUUGAAAAAGUUAUUGGACCAAAAGGAAUCUUAAAAAAUAAAACACGGGUUUUAGUAACCCAUGCAGUGAACUAUCUGCCUCAAAUGGAUACAAUUCUGGUAAUGACUGAUGGAGAAAUUUCUGAGAUGGGCUCCUAUCAGGAGCUGCUGAAGCAAGAUGGAGCUUUUGCGGAAUUCCUUCGUACUUACGCUAAUGCUGAACAAAACAUGGAGAGCAGUGACUCGGAUCCUUCGUUAGAAAGAACAAUUCAACCUCUGGAAACAGAUGCAAAUAGUCCAUCUGGAAAGGAAGGAAGGCCUGUAGAAAAUGGAGUCCUUGUGAAUGAAGCCCCUGGAAAGCUGAUGCAUCGGCAGCUCAGUAACUCCUCCACAUACAGCAGAGAAACUGGGAAGUCACAGCACCAGAGCAGCACAGCAGAGCUACAGAAGCCUCUUGCAGAGAAGAAUUCCUGGAAACUGACAGAGGCUGACACAGCAAAGACUGGGAGGGUGAAGGCAACAGUAUACUGGGAAUACAUGAAAGCUAUUGGACUCUAUAUCUCUUUUCUGAGCAUUUUCCUCUUUAUGUGUAACCAUAUAGCCUCCCUGGCUUCCAACUAUUGGCUAAGUUUAUGGACAGAUGAUCCUGUUGUCAAUGGGACACAGCAGUACACAAAUGUCAGACUGGGAGUAUAUGGAGCACUGGGAAUUUCUCAAGGUAUUGCUGUGUUUGGCUACUCAAUGGCUGUGUCAAUAGGAGGAAUAUUUGCUUCACAGCACCUGCACCUUGACCUGCUGCACAAUGUCCUCAGGUCUCCAAUGAGUUUCUUUGAACGUACACCCAGUGGAAAUUUGGUGAACCGUUUCUCUAAGGAGAUAGAUACCAUUGACUCUACCAUUCCACCAAUCAUCAAGAUGUUCAUGGGCUCAACAUUUAAUGUGAUUGGGGCUUGUAUCAUCAUUUUGCUGGCCACCCCUAUAGCUGCUGUCAUUAUUCCACCUCUGGGACUUGUCUACUUGCUUGUGCAGAGAUUUUAUGUGGCCACUUCUCGCCAGCUCAAACGCCUUGAAUCUGUUAGUCGCUCUCCUGUGUAUUCUCACUUCAAUGAGACCCUUCUGGGAGUCAGUGUAAUUCGAGCCUUUGAAGAGCAGAAACGUUUUAUAAAGCAGAAUGACAUGAAAGUGGAUGGAAAUCAGAAAGCUUAUUAUCCAAGCAUUGUUGCAAACAGAUGGUUGGCGGUACGUCUGGAGUUUGUGGGGAACUGUAUUGUUCUCUUUGCAGCACUGUUUGCAGUGAUUGCACGCAACAAGCUCAGUCCAGGACUGGUUGGUCUUUCAGUGUCCUACUCACUGCAGAUUACAGCAUACUUAAACUGGCUAGUUCGUAUGACUUCUGAUCUGGAAACCAACAUUGUUGCUGUAGAAAGAGUCAAAGAAUAUGCUGAAAUGGAGAAGGAGGCUGAGUGGAGUAUUGAAGAAGCUGCCCCAGCAAACACCUGGCCUGAGGAGGGGAAGGUCGAGUUUCGAGGCUUUGGUUUGCGUUACCGGGAGGACUUGGAUUUGGUUCUGAAAAAUAUAAACAUCACCAUAAAUGGGGGUGAGAAGAUAGGAAUAGUUGGAAGAACAGGAGCUGGAAAAUCCUCCCUUACUUUAGGCUUAUUUCGGAUCAAUGAAGCAGCUGAAGGAGAAAUUAUUAUUGAUGGAAUUAAUAUUGCAAAGAUAGGGCUGCAUGACUUGCGGUUCAAGAUAACCAUAAUUCCUCAGGAUCCAAUAUUAUUUUCUGGUUCUCUGCGUAUGAAUCUUGAUCCUUUUGACCAACACUCUGAUGAAGACAUUUGGAGAUCUUUGGAAUUGGCUCACUUGAAAAAUUUUGUGUCAUCCCUUCCUGAUAAACUCCAUCAUGAAUGUUCUGAAGGUGGAGAAAACCUCAGUGUGGGACAGCGCCAGCUGGUGUGCCUGGCGCGAGCUCUGCUCAGGAAGUCCAAAAUCCUGGUUCUAGAUGAAGCCACAGCUGCUGUUGAUCUUGAGACAGAUAACCUCAUACAGUCAACAAUAAAAUCUCAAUUUGAAGAAUGUACUGUUUUAACUAUAGCACAUCGUCUGAACACAAUCAUGGACUAUACAAGAGUUUUAGUCCUGGACAGAGGUGAAGUGGUGGAGUGUGAUAGCCCAGACAACCUACUUCAGGCAAAAGGCCUUUUCUAUAGCAUGGCCAAAGACUCAGGAUUGGCAUAGGAUUUGAAUGGAGAAGGGGGAGGUGAUGCACUCAAACAAAUGUAAUUUCCCCUGAGCUGGUGUGAAUUCGGUUACAGACCUAAUGAAGUCAGCCACAGCACAGCAGUGGAAGUAACAUGAAAAUGCAAUAUUUUUUUCUUCUCCUGGUUAUUGAUUUUUAGCCAGCUUUAGGAGAAGCAUAUAAACUCUGCGAAACACUUUGUAGUCUUUUAGUUCUUGCCUGACAUCUGUCAUUAUAUGCUCAAAUGUAAGGUGGAGUGAUUCAUCAGAGAAAUUCUUGAAAGCUUUUUCUUUUCAUCUGCUCUUAUGUCCUCAAACCCAUUUUUGUUUUAAGUAUUUUUGCAAAUGCUAGUUAUUUACUUUGCUGAUUCCUCAUUUGAUGAGCCAUCUAUUGUGAUAUGCACUUGGAACAUUUUGUGGCAUAUAGUCCUAACGUCCAAAGAUUUUCUUCUUGUGAAGUAAUGCUCGUGCCAGGUUUUCUCAUUAUGGCAUUUACUGUACAUGGUUAAUGCUUCUAUGCAUUCUCCUAAAGAUUUUACAUGUGUUUACGUUGUAUAGCAGCAAGUUCACUAUGUCAGUAGUGCUGAUGUGGAAAAAGCACCUCAACGUCAACUUCAGAGCAGCAUUCAAGCAUAUUUGGGAUGAUGAUCACUCCAAAACCCAACUCUAGCAUCAGUUGGUCUGUUGCAAAAUACAGUACAUGAUUUUACACCCGGUUCACUCAGGAAUUCUGACUUGGGUGGAGAAUUCUGGUUGUGCCUGUGGGGCUUGGCUGAGAAGUGAGGACUGACCUGAGCAGAGGUUGCAGGCUCAACGUAAUGCUGUGAUACCCCUGGCUUUGGCAGUUUUGUGCUUUAAUAGAAGUUCUGCUACAUCAAGGACCGUUAGCCUUACGUUGACGAAACUCGCCCUUCAUGCUGCUCCUGUUGACUCUUAAAUCUCCUGGGAGACUAUUCUGUGACAGUAGUUAAAAUCAGCAACAACCAGCCAAAAAAUACCCCAGCACCAAAAAAACCCAAAAGCAAAGAACUGUUUUUCUGUUUUCAAGUUGUGUGUCAGAGCUCUAACAAUUCGAUUAGCAGUGGAGUCUGGUUUUUGAAGUCUUUGAAUGUUCAGUUUUCUGUGCAAAGAAAAAAGUUUUAUUUCUCAUAUUUUAAUUUGUCUCAUUUUAGAGGAAAAUGCUGGAAAAAGGCAAAGUAAGCCAGAUGGAUCCAAAUAUUCAGUACUCUGAGAAUGUGGACUUCUGUGAAUGUUGUUGACCUUAAUACUAGGCAGUUGUCUUCUUUAGAGUAAAGCUAUUUA